AUGUCCAGCCCCAGUGCCAAGCCGGAUGUUGGCAGUAAAGUGCUACCUGGUGACAAGUCGGGGCUACCGUACGAAAUCUGGAGAAUCAUCCUGUCGUACCUGUCAGAAGAUGACCUGUGUCGUAGUUCAUGUGUGUGUAAAACCUGGAAUGAACUCAUCGUUAGUCUCGACAACACCAGAUGGCGGGAACUGUACUUACAAUGUGGGGAAUGGAAACACCCUUACUGGCCACUUAACACAAAGUCUGAACCAUCGUCAUGGAAACAGGCAUUCAAAGAGCAAUUUAUGUCCACACGGUUCUGGGUACGGACACAACGAGAACCAGACUCUGCCACCUGUCUGUAUGUUCUAAAACGACGAAAAGAAAGAAAAACAAUACAUGUUGGGCGAGGAAAGGAACAUGCAACUUUAAAAAGUGCACUUGCUGUUGCACGUGACUAUGAUAGAAUUGUGGUGCACCCUGGGAUUUAUGACGAGCAGUUUGAAAUGUCGUCAAAGAUUCCAUUUGAAUUGGUUGGAGAAGGGGAGCUUGGGAGUGUGAUUCUAGUUGUGUGUAUUGAACAGAUCGCCAUCACAGGGCGUGUCAGUAAUCUUGUGUUCAGAGCACCAUGGUUCACUAACUUUAUACUGAAGGUGCGAUAUGGCUACCUCCAGGUGGACAAUUGUAUUCUCGAGGACGGUUUGGUCUAUAUUCAGAAUCCAGGAACUUGUCACCUCAAGUUCUGUACUUUCCGUCAUGCUACUGUCAUUCUUCAGUAUGUUAAUGCCAGUGUUAUAGAGAACUGCGAGUUUUCACAAACAGAUUCGGCUGCCAUUACAGUUGAGGGUUUUCCUCGUGAUGAAAAAAACUGGACUUAUGGAUAUCUGAUGGAAAAAAUUGUAAGUGCUUGUGAAAUUUCUCAAACUCGUCGUAAUCCUAAGGGAGAACCGGUGCCAACUUCUGCUUUCUCUGCUUCUACUGCUUGCACAGCCAAUCAAAAACCUUUGGAGAAGUCAUGUGACUCUAAAACAGAUACUACCUACUUCUUGGAACCAAGUUUUGGAGGAAGGAGUAUCAAUGGUUCAGCAAAAUUCUCUCAAGUUCAUUCGGAGUUCACAGAGAAACCGAGUUCAAAUGUUCAUUUAUUUCGUAGUUUGUCUAACAAAGAGCAACUUUACUUAAAGGAAUCGUCGAGUUCCGAUUUAGCUAGCUUCUCUGAAGAUGUGACUGCUUUAGAAUCUCAUAGAAAAAAUUCCAAAGUAAAUUCAAUGGAUGGAUUAUUAAACCUUGGAAAUCCUCAACCAAGUACCUCAGGUGUUCAACAGGAGUCUGUAGACAGGUCUACAGAUUCCCACGGACUAACAAUCACUCAACACUAUGCACCGUCUGGGUCUGCUGAUCCGGAUCACAAGGGACAGGUUCCCUUGGUAACACAGCAAAAUUAUGGACAACCAUCAAACCUGGUUGUUAAUCAUGAACUACAGUUAAACAUUCGAAGGGAUUCCUCUGACAGUGGGUCAAGGUCACCUCUGUCUAUGAUAAGUGGCAGUGAUUUAUUUGAUGGAGAUGACGAUAGCAUCGGACGAUAUGACUCGGGAUCAGAACAUUCAGUUCCAGGCAUCAGUACAAGCAGCAGUGAUGAAGGCCCGGUAUCGGAUGGAGAGAGUGAUUUUUCAUCAAGCGAAGAGUCUGUGAUCAUGCUGUCAUACCCUGAACAUCAGCUGCCACGGUCUGUCUCUGCUUCAUGUAGUCUCAAUGCUGACGAAGAUGUUAUCUCAAUAUCUAGUCAAAAUGAAUCAGAUCAUAUUCCCAUCGUACAUGAUGAAGCCAUGCAGAAGGUUCUAGAUGAGGUGCGAGGUUGUCUCAUUCGCCACUGUCGUAUGAGUCAGUGUAAGGGAGGAGCAAUGGUCAGUCUGCAGGCUCAGGCGGUCAUCUCCCACUGUGACCUCAGUAGUCUUGGUUACGGAGUCCGAUGUAUUCAGAAUGCCAAGAUUGUACUGAUAAACAGCGAGAUUCACCACAGUCGUACGUCGGGAGUUUUCAUGAGGUUAGCAGCAUCAGGACUCAUUGCUGGAAAUGACAUUCAUUCUAACUGUGAGGCAGGCAUUGACAUCAGGAAAAACGCUGACCCAAUAGUGCAGAGCAACCGUAUCCACCAUGGGAAGCGUUCUGGUGUGGUGGUACUGGGAAGUGGGCGGGGCCACAUCAAUAGCAAUGAAAUCUACCAAAACAAGGAGGCAGGAGUUUAUGUUUUGUAUCGAGGCAAUCCAGUUGUGAGCAAGAACCAGAUUCAUAGUGGCAAAGCAGCAGGGAUAGCAGUUAAUGAAGGGGGACGUGGCUAUGUCUUAGACAAUGUGAUUACCAGUAACCAAUGGGGAGGUGUGGAUAUCAGAAAGGGGGGAGAUCCUGUCAUCACACAAAAUGUCAUCGCUAAUGGUCUAUCUGAUGGCAUUGUGAUUGGCGAGAAGGGGCGUGGCAGUGUAGAAAACAAUGUCAUAUCAGGUAACUCUGGAUGUGGAGUAUGGAUAACUGCUGCCUGCCAGCCGAUGCUGCAUGGCAACCAGAUAAAUGACAACGGCGAUGCUGGAGUGACAUUUGUCAACAAAAUGGAUGCAGCCCACGAAGUGGACUCUAUGGGUAUCAAUAGGAAUGACAUGAAUUCUCGUCAAAGUAUGGAGUUCUGGCAGUUUGCCAAUGACGAACAACCGUUUCCACGGCGGUCCUGCCAGAAAGCCACAAUUCAAUAUAACAGUAUAUACCAUAAUGGAG